AUGUCUGAUAGUACAGACGAAAGCUUAGCACAGUCGCAAGACGGUGAGCUGAGGACUUCUUCGCACAAUUCAGCAGUCUUCCUUCUCCGGUUCCCGCAUGACUUUCCUCUUGACCGCCGUCCUCGUCUCUUCUUUCGUCUUGCACAAGUCCAACUACGUCUGGGCCACAUAGACGAGGCCAAAUCUAACAUGCUUUUGGGUAAAGCCAUCUCCCAGCCACUUUCUACCUCCAAAGCAAAUGCAUCUGACUUUAUGGACUAUAAGAAGCUGAAAGCCGCUGGCCCCAAUCCACAAAUUGCCGGCCGACCUUUCCUCUCCGUCAGGAUCAGCAUACCUGAGCCACCACGCCUAGAUAAAUGUCUAAAGUCAGAUAACGAGCUGGAACAAUUUCGCCUGAGCGUCGACCCGAGAUGCUCGGAGUUAGCUGUUCGUCUAAAAGACAGUCUUACUUUGACUAGCCAAUCUGCUAGUGACAAUUGCAAGAAGGAUGGCAAUGGAAACUUUAACACUGCCAAUAUAAGUGACCGUCUCCUAUGCAGCAGACAACGCGCAAACCUGGUAGAUUCGACUUUCGAGUACGAUAUGUCUAACUUGACCGAUUCUUCGCCUCUGCUUUUGGCCACCUUGCUCCCAGAAACCAGCCAACCGGCUGUUCGGUUACAGUAUGCCGGAGAUGAGGCUGGCUGGAAUCUAGUGGCCACGAGAAAUAUUCAUCCAGGUGAGCCCUAUGCAUUUGCUUAUUUUCAAAAAUACUGCUUACUAGGAGAAUAA